CAACUAGGUACCUAGGGGCUCCUCUUCAUCGAGCCAGUCGGUGUAUAUGCCGUGAUUCAGUGACAAGCUGUUGUGGACAUUGUUUAUAAGUGACCAUCACAGUGACCUGGGCCUGUUUUUGUUUCGUUAGGAAUUUUCUGUUUACUGGUCACUGCAAGGAUUAUACUUGGAAGAAAAGUAUGUCCAGAUAGUAUUAAAAAAAAUCGACAGGUGGAUCAAAAUGAGAAGUUACAUACCCAGCAUGGUGCAAGCUAUUACAGUUCUGACGGUAUUGAAGAUGAUGACCAAAGCUCAAACAUCGUGUGGCUCUGGUUCAAUGAAUGGUAAAGUUAUGUAUGAACGACUACCCAACAUACAGUUACAAGCUUUCGAUGAUGACAUUGUUAGGGAUACUGGACCGCCAUUUACAGUUCUAGAGAAGUGUCAAGAUUUAUGUCUACGAAAUAGAGCCUCCAACAAUAUAGUCAGGACAUGUUCAUCUCUGGAUUUCCAACCUGGCAGUCGAAUAGCAACUUUUAAUGGAGGUGCAGAGUACGAAGAAAGCACUUGUUAUCUGACACAGGAACAGGCCAGGCCAGAUGGCAUAGGUGUUUUAAGUGUAGUUCCGAACAGCAUCCACUUUAAUGAGAUCUGUAUAACAUCCAAUAGGCCGGAAAGAGAGUGUCCCAAUAGAAGAUAUGUUUUUGAAAGACAUCCGAGGAAAAAGCUGAAACUACCGAACGCGGAUAUAAAGGAAAUGCCGGCAUUCAACAGAACAGAAUGCGAAGAUCUUUGUUUAAAUGAAUUCAGUUUCGUUUGUCGGUCUGCCACUUUUGAUAACGAAAUGCGCAUCUGUAUUCUCAGUAGAUUUACAAGAAGGACCCAUCCAGAAUUAUUGCAGGAUGAUUCCCAAUCGGAGUACUUGGAAAAUACUUGCCUUAAUGCCGAAAGAAGAUGUGAUGGAUUAGCCGUUUUCAUCAAGGAAGAAAACAAACGACUAGGCGGACCAUUUGAGGUCGAUAUGUUCACCAACUUAACGCUAGAAGAUUGCCAGGGAAUGUGCGUAAGAGCUGAAAAAUAUUUGUGUCGAUCUGUGGAGUACGAUGAAAUGACGAAACAGUGCACCCUAUCUGAAGAAGAUUCUGUUUCGCAAAAAGAUGACAUCGGGGUUGCUAGUAGCCCGAGCCACCACUUUUACGACUUCGUCUGCCUCGACAGCCCUCGUGGGUCCGAGUAUCCGGACAAUUCUGUUACAUCUCAUUUGUUUGCGGGGAAAAAACCCGACACUGCGUUCCAAAGAUAUCGUAACAGCCGAUUGGGGGGCGAACAUCAUUCAGAAAUAUCAGACAGGUCACUGAGCGAAUGUUUGGACGAAUGUUUGCGACAACCCAGUUUUCAAUGUAAGUCGGCAGAAUAUAGCGAGAGAUUCCGAACUUGCCGCUUGACGAGGUAUAGCCAAAAAGACGGUAUGAGGAUAAUUUAUGACGCCGACUACGAUUAUUACGAAAACCUAAUGCUCGGUGGAGACGGGGAUCUGGCAAGACCUGGAGAAGGAGGAAGUUAUCGUCCUGGUGACCACCCUGGCGUAGGAACUUAUCGCCCAGGUUCUGAUAGUGGCAGAUAUCCUCCUGCCUCCGGCGGAAGAUAUCCCGUCACUACUGGCAGUCGAUAUCCUCCAUCUGGGGGGUAUCAUGAUAGGUAUCCCAUAGGUCAGCCGACAUACGACAGAUAUCCCGAGUAUGAUGAUAGAUACGACGAUAGAUUUCAAGGUAGGCCAGACAGAUAUCCCGUUAGGCCCGGCAGAUAUCCUAUCGGUCCCGAUAGAUACCAUCAUUUUUCAGACGGUCGAAGAUAUCCACUAUCGUCCAGUGGAGGGAAAUAUUCACCGUCUAGUUCCGGUGGAAAAUACCCGAUAGAAGACCGGGAUAGGUUUCCCGGUUAUCCGCCUUCAUCGAGUGGUAUUAUAUAUGGCGUUGGCUCCUAUCGACCGAGAUACCCCAGCGAAGGCGAUGGUUAUGGUGACCGAUACGAUGUGCGCUACGGUGACAGGUUUGGCGAUAAAUAUGACUACAGGCACGACAGCCCCCUCGGAGACAAGGUUGGUGGGCGGUACGGAGGAGGAAUUUAUGGUGAUGACAGAAUUAGCUACGGAUAUAGAGGAGGUGGUGGAGGAAACAGAAUAUACAAUGGUGACAGAAGCGAAUUGCGUAGAUAUGGCAAUCGCGGAGGUGGAGGUAACCGUUACGAUUCUACACGUUAUGACUACUAUGGCGACGACCGUGACGGUGGUAGCAGAUGGUUUUUUCGACCCGAUCGACGCCCACUCGGACGACCGUUAGACCUCCGACCGGGUUACGAUCGGCCUGUAGAUGGACGACCUCCCCCGGAACGACCUCUUUUUGAAGACAGACCGUACGGACAUCCCCGGCCAGUGUCGCCAGGUCCAGAUGGGCCAAUUUAUGAUAGCUUUGGCGGAGUUGGUCCAAAUAGACCGUACAACACCAGGUGCGACGAUGGAGAUAAUUUUAAGCAAAUGGCAACACGACAACGGGCUCGAAAGGAAUUCAUAAGGAUAAGUGUGUACGCACCGACACUAAUCAGAUGUCAGCAAGAAUGUAUGGAUGCCAGAGAUUUUACGUGUAGGGCUUUUAAUUACAGAGAAUCUGGAUUGGGUUCAUAUGAUGCUGAGAGAGAUAACUGCGAGCUUAGCGAUCGAGAUAGCAGGGAUUUAGAAAUUGGUAAUCCGCAGUAUUUCGAUUCGAAUGGAGGUUUUGAUUUCUACGAAAGAUCGCCGGCUAGAAACGGCAUUGACGGCGAAUGUUUAGACGUGAGUCAGGUAUGUAAUGAUGAUGGAAUGGAGUUUACAUUACGCACACCUGAAGGAUUCUAUGGCCGGAUCUAUACUUACGGCUUCUACGACCGCUGCUUUUUCAGAGGAAAUGGUGGAACCAUAAAUGUUCUACGCAUAAGCGGGGCUCAUGGAUAUCCUGAGUGUGGCACGCAACGAUAUGGCGACACAAUGACGAACAUCGUAGUGGUCCAAUUUAGCGACUACGUUCAAACCGGAAAAGAUAAAAGAUUUAAUUUGACUUGCUUAUUUAGGGGACCCGGUGAAGCUGUCGUAUCUUCAGGGUUCAUCGGGGCUGGAUCCGGUAGUCCCAUACCGAUAGAAUAUUUGCCAGCCGAAAAUACACUGAGUUCCAAGGUUAGACUUCUGAUUCUCUACCAGGGUAGACCAACCACUACAAUAGCAGUAGGUGAUCCGUUGACGUUUAGAAUUGAAGCGCAAGAUGGAUAUAAUUACGCAAAUGAUAUAUUUGCCACGAACGUAGUGGCGAGAGAUCCGUAUUCCGGCAGAUCAGUGCAGCUUAUCGACCGAUUUGGCUGUCCGAUAGACAGUUUCGUUUUUCCCGAACUGGAUAAGGGGAGAAGCGGUGACAGCUUGGAAGCGCGAUUUAACGCAUUUAAGAUACCGGAAUCCAACUUCUUAGUAUUUGAAGCAACGGUGAGGACAUGUAGAGAUGGGUGCCAGCCUGCUUACUGCCAAACUGGAACUGGAAGAUCAGAGCCAUCCUUCGGAAGACGGCGUAGGCGAUCACUGAACAACACACUUUCCGACGUCGCAAAUAACGCUUCUUCCGUUUCAAAUGAAAUAAAGACGGAUUUGACCGAAUUAAGAAUCGCUAAUGAUCCGACAAUAUCGUUUAUAAAACGCGAUCUAGUUGAAAGUAAUCAAAAAAAAGAAACCGAAGAUAUGUCUAAUAAACAGGAAGCCGAUGGAGUAACAGACGAGAAAAGCAUAGUAGAGGAGAAAACUAAUGAAGAAGAAGAAUAUGUUAGAGAAAUGAUUGAGGUUUUUGAUACGCGAGACGAAAUGCCGCAGGCGCGAAGGGCUGAGCCAGCUUCGGAUGCAUAUUGCCUUACUGCUGGAGAAUACCACGGUUUGGUCAGCACCGUAUUUGUGCUGAUUGCCGUUUUACUGACCGCUUCCUUAUUGGCUGGAUUGGCAUAUCGCAAAUACUGGCUAGUUAUGAGAAAAAACAUGUUGGGUGACAGAAUAUCAUCGUCCAACUUUUCAACGUCGCCCUCGUAUCCCACUACCCGAAGCAGCGGUUUAUCCCCAGGAGUUUCCUUUUUUGGCACAAUUCAAAAACCAUUUUCUGGAUUUGGGGUGGGACAUCCUAGUAUGCCAAUCCUGUCUAAAGCGGGAGAAGGUUUUCACUGUUUUGGCCAAGCACCUGGAGGACCAUUUGAGGAUCCCAGCGAACCAAUAUAUACGGAUCCGUCUCUAUUUGAACGGUCGAGGAGUUUGAGAAGUAUCGCAGUUACACCAAAACGUAGAAAAUCUCCGUCGGUGUUAAAAUAAAUCAAGAGACAAUAACGCCACGAAAAGUUGGUUAUGUUUAAUAAAUACGGUUGUUUUCGGAACUUUGGGUUGCCGUUAAUUUCUAAUAUCUAAUUUCCUAAUAAAGCGACAUGGUGUUUGUUAUUAUACGAAGGGCAAACCCAGUGAUAUACUCCGACUGUCGAAAAAGAUUUAUAUCUUAAGGAAUGCAAUCGUUCUUAUACUAAGUCAACUUGAUUAUUAAAUAUUAUUACUAGA